AUGGCGAGUAAGCUCUCCCCUUUCCUCCUCCGGAGCUUCAGCCGGCCGACUUUGCCGCGGACGGCAGCCCUGCGGGUGUCGCGCGCGACGUACUCGACUGAAGCCCCACCACCGCCGCCGCCGCCUCUUCUGGCCAAGCUCAAGGAUGACCUGAAGGCAGCCAUGAGGGCCAAGGAUGCGAACCGCCUCGCUGUCCUUCGCUCUGUGCUCGCAGCGACGCUCAACGCUAGCAAAACCGACAAGCCCAUCAAGACAGACGUGCAGCUCGUCGGCCUGCUCCAAAAGUCGGCACGCAAGUCACAAGAAGCCGCCGCCGAGGCACGACAGGCGGGCCGGGAGGAUUUGGCCGAGAAAGAGGAGGCACAACAGCGGAUCCUUGAGGAGUAUGCUGCGGGCAGCGGCGUCAGAGAAAUCGGAGAGGCCGAGCUUAGGCAAAUCAUCGAGACCGCCAAGGCUGCUCUUCUUGCCGACGACGUCCAGCAGAAGGCAUUGCAGGGGGAGCUAAUAAAAGCCCUUUUCAAGCCGGGCGGAUUGCUGGACGGGGCCUCGGUUGAGAAAAAGGGCGUGAUCCCGAUGGUCAAGGAGGCUUGCGAAGCCAAGUAG